AUGUUCUCCAAGAUCCAGAUGGUGGUCACCCUGCGUGUGUGGGAGCAGUGGCGGCUGGCUGAUGCGCCCCUGAGGAUCCUCAAAAUGAGAUUCCCAGCAACGAUUGUUUGGCUUAUGUGGUGGACUGUUUGUGUUGCAGAAGGGCAAGGGAAUCUUUGUGAUUUUCCAGAAAUAAAGCAUGGAAGUCUAUACCAGGAAAAUACAAUACAGUUUCCAGUAUCUGUAGGGAGCAAAUAUUACUAUUCCUGUCAUCCCAAUUUUGUGACUGUUUCACAAUUGUGCUGGGAAUAUAUUCAAUGCACACAAGAAGGAUGGUCACCAGCAGUACCAUGCCUCAGACAAUGUAUUUUCAAUCAUUUGAAAAAUGGAGAGUCUCCAAGUCGAGUAGAAAGACAUUUACAAGGUGAAUCUGUAAGAGUUAACUGCAAUUCUGGCUACAGUCUUCAAAACAAGCAGACAGAAAUGACCUGUACAGAGGAUGGCUGGUACCCUCCUCCUGAAUGCAUUCCACUCAGUAAGUAA